CUCAUUUUAGUUUAGGAGCUACAGCCCAAUCUGAUCUCAAGUUGGCUGGACUAGUAAAUAAUAGCAUAGUAACCUACUAAUAAGUAACAACAACUCCUGAUUUUUUCCAUUUAUUUUAGUGCAAUAAAGAACAAGUAAAUUAAACUGUCCUGUGUCUCAGGGUUGUGUUCUGUCCCCUUCUCUUAACAAAAAAGUGGACGAAUUGGGGAUAGCAGUUACUUUCAUCGAUGCAUUGCAGUCUUCAGCCCAGAUCAGACCCUCUGGUGGGCCGCUUUUGGCCCCCGGGCCGUACGUUUGACGCCUGUGAUUUGAGAGGAGGGAUUACAUUAUCUUUGAAACUGUAAUUAAAACCAUGUUGAAAAACAAAAACAAAGCAGAAAGUGAUGUCACACUAAAAGAAAUAAGUUAAUAGUUAUGCAAUUAAAAAAAAAAUCGGUUGACAUGGCAACAUCAUGUAAAGGAAGCAAUUCAAUUGUGCCAACAACAAUGACUCAUAAAGACUGAAGACUAAAGACAAUAAUAUACUAAAGGCAAUAAAACAAUAAAAAAAAUAGAUAUAAAAAAAGAUUGAGAAUUAAGAAUCAUUUAAGAUAACUUAUUGUGGUUAAAGGGGUUGUUUUAACACUUCUUUAUAUUUGAGAUGCCUUGGUUCUUCAGCAGCCUUUUGUGGGUGUUACCUGAAGCCAGAAUGCUUGGAUCAGGAGAGAAGAUGUAGUAGAGAGAGAGAGAGGGGCGUUUCUACCUCUCUCCGCCCGACGUCACACCGGUUUAAAACUCUCCUCCCGGGGCUCCCGCUCCCCUCCAGUUUCCUCCUCCUCCUCCUUAUCUCCUCCUCCUCCUCCUCCUCCUCCUCCUCCUCCUCCUCCUCCUCUUCGCCGUCACCUUCCUCACCGCGCUGAGCACCAGCCAAUGCUUCACUCCGCGCCUGCCCUGGAAGUCUGUCCCAUCCGUGGGAAGCACAGCAAAAAAAUCAAGGGCUUCACCUGAGACGGUCCAGAGGAGCGAGUCGCGGCCAUCUCUGCCUUCUCCGACUCUCCCUCCCGGAAGAGAGGAGCUCUGAUUUGAGAGAAAAUCCGCGCUCGCACCGUUUUGUCACGGAGACAGAGAGACAGCAGCGAGAAGCCAUGAACGAGUCGCUGUUGGUGAACGACUCCUCGGCGUCUCCUGUGGCUGGGGAGGCUCUCCCGUGGAUGGAGUCUUCAGACAACAGCAGCAACGUGGAGUUCUCCACCUCCCCGCUAGAUUUCCCCAUCAACCCGUGGGAUAUCAUGCUCUGUAUGUCUGGCACAGUCAUCGCCUGCGAGAACGCCAUAGUGGUAGCAAUCAUCUUCUACACGCCCACGCUGAGGACUCCCAUGUUUGUGUUGAUCGGGAGCCUGGCCACGGCGGACCUGCUGGCCGGCAUGGGAUUAAUCCUGAACUUUGUGUUUCAGUACGUCAUCUCCUCCGAGACCAUCAGCCUCAUCACCGUAGGCUUUUUGGUGGCCUCCUUCACCGCGUCCAUCAGCAGCCUUUUGGCCAUCACGGUAGACCGCUACUUCUCCCUCUACAACGCCCUGACAUACUUCUCAGAGAAGACGCUGCAGUACGUUCACCUGAUGCUCCUGGGCACCUGGGGCGUGUCUCUGUUCCUGGGCCUGCUGCCCGUGCUCGGCUGGAACUGCCUGGACAAGCCGGCCUCCUGUAGCAUCGUCCGCCCUUUGACCAAGAGCAACGUCACGCUCUUGGCCACCUCCUUCUUCGCCAUCUUCGUCCUCAUGCUCACCCUCUACUUCAAGAUCUGCAAGAUCGUGUGCCGCCACGCCCAUCAGAUCGCCCUGCAGCAGCACUUUUUCGCCACUUCGCAUUACGUCGCCACCAAGAAAGGCGUGUCCACUUUGGCCAUCAUUUUGGGGACUUUUGGUGCCAGCUGGCUCCCCUUCGCCAUCUACUGCCUGGUGGGCGAGAGGGGGUAUCCGCCAGUGUACACCUACGCCACACUGCUGCCUGCGACCUACAACUCCAUGAUCAACCCCAUCAUCUACGCCUACAGGAACGCAGAGAUCCAGCGCUCCAUCUACAUGCUCCUCUGUGGCUGCUUUCAGUCCAACUACAGGUCCAGGUCACCAAGCGAGGUCUAAUUCAAGGUGCUAGGGCUCUCUGUGUGCAAAAAACUAAACAAAACACGAACCACCCCAUUGACAAUCUGCUUACAGUCGACAGCGAAUGCUUUUACGGACCCCGACAGGUGGCGUGAUGCUAGAACUGUGUCUCUCAUGCAUACUGUAUCUGCACUUUAAAUAUGUCUCAACACAAGUUAGUAUGAGAGUUUGGAAAUGCUGUGAACAAGAAACUGUGAUGAAAAAGUCAAAAACAAACCUGUGAAUGUACUUUAGUGAAAAACAAACAAAAAAAACAAAAACAAAAAAGGAACGGAGAAUCUUGCACUUUACUCAGUGUUUUUUUUCUUUUUUUUUCAAAUGCCAAAGCAGUAUUGUACAGCACCUAAUGUGUUUGAACGUUUGAACCUGUGAGUACCGUGUGCCAUUUUUCUAUUUUGUAUCGUACUGUCUAUUGAUGUCCAUUUUGUACAAGAGGAAUAAAGGGUUAAACACCA